UCUGAGAAAGGACUGUACCCAAUAAGUAAGCCCGAAGAGGCUGUUUGCUCCGUGAUGCCUGCAGAUAAGCCUGGCAAAGCUCAGUGUGAUUGAAGGAGGCGCUUGAGACUCAGCUUAGCCCAGGCAGGCGCUGCGCUCCGCGAACACUGGCACAAUGGUGUUCGCAUUUUGGAAGGUCUUUCUGAUCCUAAGCUGCCUUGCAGGUCAAGUUAGUAUGGUGCAGGUAACCAUCCCAAACAGUGUUGUGAAUGUGACUGUUGGAUCUGAUGUCACACUUGUCUGCACCUAUACCAGCACUGUGGCCUCCCGGGACAAGCUCUCCAUCCUGUGGUCAUUCAUUCACAAGAAGGACUUGCCACCAGCUUCCCACAACCCGUGCCUCAAUACUGAGGGUAUGGAGAAAAAGGCAGUCAGUCAGUGUCUAAAUAUGGCGCAUGCAAGAGACGCUCGGGGAAGAUGUAGCUGGACCUCUCAGAUUUACUAUUCUGAAGGUGGACAAGCCGUAGCCAUCGGGCAAUUUAAAGAUCGACUUGUAGGGUCUAACGAUCCAGAUAACGCCUCUAUCACCAUUUCACAUAUGCAACCAGCAGAUAGUGGUGUCUACAUCUGCGAUGUUAACAACCCCCCUGACUUCACCGGAAAUAAUCAAGGCAUCCUUCAAGUCAAUGUGUUAGUCAGACCUUCUAAGCCCUUUUGUAGCAUCCAAGGAGUACCAGAAACUGGCCAUCCAAUAUCUCUUUCCUGCCUCUCUGUGCUCGGGACACCUUCUCCUGUAUAUUACUGGUAUAAACUCAAAGGUGGAGACAUCAUCCCAGUGAAAGAAAACUUCAACCCAGCCACUGGGACUUUGGUUAUUGGAAAUCUGACCAGUUUUGAACAAGGUUAUUACCAGUGCACAGCUAGCAACAGCCUUGGCAACAGUUCCUGUGAAAUUGAUCUAACUUCUUCCCAUCCGGAAGUUGGAAUCAUCGUUGGGGCGCUGGUGGGUGCCCUGUUGGGUGCUGCCAUCAUCACCUCUGUUGUGUGCUUUGCAAGGAGCAAGGCCAAGGCCAAGGCAAAGGGGAAGGAAAGGAAGAGAAAUUCAAAAACCAGCACAGAACUUGAACCAAUGACAAAGAUAAACCAAAGUACAGAGCUCGAGGCAAUGGCGGGGGAACAUGCUCUCCAGCUCGAAGCGACUCUGCCACCUUCUGGCCACGAGAAUGACCCCACUACCACCCUGGGUCCAGAUCAUGAGCCGACCCCGGAGCCGGAGCUAGAGCUUAAGUCUGUCUGGGAGCCAGCCCCACAGCCUGCCCUAGAGCAAGAGCCUGUCCCAGAACUAGAGCCUGUUCCAGAGUCGGAGCCUGUCCUGGAGCCAGAGCCUGUCCCGGUGCCUGAGCUGGAUACAGAGCUGGAGCCUGAGCCAGAGACAGAGCCAGAGCUGGAGCCGGAGCCAGAGUCUGAUCCCGAGCCCGGGAUUGUAACAGAGCCCUUGUGCGACAGGGAAAAGGGAGUGAAAAAGCCAUAGGCUAGUAGCCAAGUACAGUGUUCAUCAGUAGGGAACCCAUUACUGGCAUUUGGAGUUGCCCUAGCCAGUCUCCCACCAUGCCCCUCUCUUCUGACCUGCCCUCUUCUAACAAGGUGCUCCUGCCUUUGAUCCAAAAUAAAUAGGUCAAGAUAAAUGCAAGGGUUCCUCUGUUACUUUCACUCUAACAUGUAAGCGUGACUAAUGACAAAGCAAGUGACUUUCUAAUUCAGUUGAAGGCAUUUUGCAGCAAUAUCUACAUUGGACUUUGGAAAAUCUCAUUUCUCUAUUUUCAGCUACUCUGUUACAUUCCGCAGGCACACAUGACAAGGUGGCAUUAACUGGAUUCAAUGCUAUUCCUAGGAUCAGUUGGUCAGGGCUUCCCUAAUUCAUUUUCACAAUGGCCACAAAGACAAAAAUUUGCCAGCCUUCUUUGAGAGAGAUGGGAGGGGGGAGAAAUCCUCAAAAAUUCCAGAGGAGGAUAUGUAAAGGGUACAUAUUCAAACGAGGUCUUAAAAAAUCAGUGCUUCAUUUAUCAUACUAGAUUUCCCAAGGAACCACCCUGCUCUACAAGAUCUUGAGCACAGCAAAAUUUUUAAAUAACCUAAUUUUUAAAUGCUAGAUGAGGUACAGGCAAACAAGUCCAAAUGACGUGUUCCUUAGAUGACCACAAAAUGUUAGGAUCAUGGGUGGUGUACAGUUUAGCUUCUAAUGAGAUGUUAUCACUCUGUCUGAUCCUAUCUACUUUAGAAGGGCCAGAAUAGGAAACUGUUCUAAAUGAACACUUAAGAUCUGUUUUAGAUAAUCUGAACUAAUUAUUUAAUCUGUUUCGCUGUUGGGAUAUUCCACAUUAAUUGAUACCAUUUUUGUAUAAAUGCUAACUGUUAACUAACAUGCUAAAAUGUUUUUUUCAUUGAUUGUAUUUUCCCCACAUUCCACUUGAAGAAAUUUGUAGGUAGACUUUCUCAUUUGUGUAAUCAGAUUUUAAAUCUUAUUUUGAGGCUCAAUAAAUUCUCAAUAAAAUCUUAUUUGAAUGAUC